ACCCUAAUCCCAAAACCCUUCUGCAAAUCCCUUUCUCCACUCUUCCGACCGUGAGCUCUCGUUCGUGUAUCUUCAAAAUUUAAAGAUGGUUCGGAGCUUAAAGAAUCCCAAAAAGGCAAAACGCAAGAACAAGGGUUCGAAGAAAGGUGAAGGAUCAUCAUCUAGUUCGGCGCCUUCGGUGGCGGCAAAGGUGUGGCAACCUGGUGUAGACAAAUUGGAGGAAGGAGAGGAGCUUCAGUGUGAUCCUUCGGCUUACAAUACUCUGCAUGCUUUUCACAUAGGUUGGCCUUGUUUGAGUUUUGAUGUACUGCGUGAUUCAUUGGGCUUGGUGCGUACUGAGUUUCCACAUACCGUGUAUUGUGUCGCCGGAACACAGGCAGAGAGAGCUUCCUGGAACUCUAUCGGAAUAUUUAAGAUAUUAAAUAUUUCUGGCAAGAGACGUGAAUUAGUGCCAAACAAGGCAAACGGAGAUGGUUCUGACAUGGAUAGUGAGAGUAGUGAUAGUGAUGAGGAUGAUGAAGAGCAUGGUGGUGGAUCUGGGUCCCCAAUUUUGCAGCUACGCAAAGUGUCUCACGAAGGUGGUGUGAACCGCAUACGUGCUAUGCGACAAAAUCCUCAUAUUUGUGCAUCAUGGGCAGAUACUGGUCAUGUUCAGGUGUGGGACUUCGGCUCUCAUUUAAAUGCUUUAAUAGAAUCAGAUAGAGAAGCUAUACACGGAGGAUCCACUGUGUUCAAUCAAGCUCCUUUAGUUAAGUUUAGUGGACACAAGGAUGAAGGCUAUGCCAUAGACUGGAGUCCUCUUGUUGCUGGAAGGCUCGUGUCAGGGGAUUGCAAAAACUGUAUUCAUCUAUGGGAGCCAGCAUCAGAUUCAACAUGGAAUAUUGAUCCUAAUCCUUUUGUUGGUCAUACUGCAAGCGUGGAAGACUUACAGUGGAGUCCUACAGAACCAUAUGUCUUUGCCUCAUGCUCUGUUGAUGGAAAUGUUGCAAUUUGGGAUAUCCGUCUGGGAAAGUCUCCUGCAGUUUCUAUUAAAGCACAUAAAGCUGAUGUAAAUGUGAUAACAUGGAACAGCCUGGCAAGCUGUAUGCUGGCAUCUGGUAGUGAUGAUGGGUCAUUUUCCAUUCGGGAUCUUAGAUUGCUAAAGGAAGGGGACUCUGUAGUUGCACAUUUUGAGUACCAUAAACAUCCCAUUACAUCCAUUGAGUGGAGUCCACAUGAGGCCUCCACCUUGGCAGUGUCUUCAUCAGACAAUCAACUAACAAUAUGGGACCUUUCUCUGGAGAGAGAUGAAGAAGAGGAGGCUGAGUUCAAGGCGCAGACAAAGGAACAAGUAAAUGCCCCUACAGAUUUGCCACCACAACUUCUAUUUGUUCAUCAGGGUCAGAAGGACUUGAAAGAAGUUCAUUGGCAUUCACAGAUACCUGGAAUGGUGAUAUCCACUGCUGCGGAUGGCUUCAACAUAUUAAUGCCUUCAAAUAUUGAAAUGGCACUUCCUGCCAAUGAUGCUUCAUCUAUGUAAAGAAACGGAAAAUCUCUUCAUCUUCUUGUUUGUUUCUCCCAAUUUACUAAUUUAUUCCAGACCUGCGUCAAUUUGUGAUCCA